AUGUACGGAAACCCAGGACCGUUCACCUAUUCCCCAGGGGGCUUCUCACAGGACGACUUCCUCCAGCAGAGGCGUGGAUUCCAACAAGAUGAUUUUAAGAGCUCGCCGCUGCAGAGAAGCAACACAUUUAGACCCAAUGGCAAAUCCAUAUACAUGCAGAGAAAGGAGUACUCUGACACACUGAACAAACAAGCUGACAACUUCCACCACAGAGUGGAGCACCUGUUCACCUGUGAGCUGGACGGCCAGGAGGUGAGGAACCUGGACGAUUGUGUGGCCAAGCUGAAGAGGCUGGAUGCCAAAGGCCGUCUCUGGGCACAGGAGAUGAUCAUGGAGGUUCAGGGAGGACAUCUGCAGCUCAGUGACAUCGAGACCAAGGCUGACCUGGAGUCUCUGCCGUUGAGUUGCAUUCUGGAAACCAAAGCUGUGCUGGACAGCUGCGCGUACAACUCUCUGCUGACGAUCACUGUGCAGGAUCGCAAAAAACGCCUCCCUCAGGUCUUCAUGUUCCAGUGCGAGGAGCUCGGGGCAGAGCAUGUCAAGAGUGAUCUAGACCACAUAGUCCAGAACAGAGGAGCUGAUGAAGAGCCCCGCAGAGGCCAAUCUCACAUCAGGAAUGAUCUUGAAAACAUCAUCGGGCUGAAACGUCUGGGAAGUUUCCAGCAGCCUUGGCCUCGUCCUGUGCAGCGAGAACUGACUCCCCCUCCACCAGAUCCUCAGCCGCCACAGUGGAACAUGAGAGAGUCAGAGAACAUGCCUCCUCCACGGGGCUACACUCCACCAGAAGAAACAUAUCAACAUACUGAAUUUAACGGACCGCGGAACAGCCAAGAAGUUUCUCCACCACCUGAAUAUGCAGAGAUUCAGAGGAACACGGACAUUUUAAACCAUAUUUUGACUGAUAUGGAGAUCUUCAUGGACAAAGUGUCUGCUGCAGCGAAUGCAGCCGCACCCAAAGAGGAGAAAAACAAGAAGAAGAAGAAGAAGAAGAAAAGCCAACAGAAAAAUGCAGCACCACUUAUCAAUCUGCCACCUUGGGAAGAAUAUGUUUCCUGUCUUCAGAAAAUCAAAUACGGGUUCAAUCUGCUGGGCCAACUAGAUGGAGCACUGGAAAACCCCAGCGCUCCAGACUUUGUCCACAUCUUCUUCUCUAGUUUAGGCAUGAUGGUGCCUCUGUACCCGGCAGACUUGCCCCCCUCGGUGCUCGCCCCCCUGCUGACAGAGCCGGCCGUGCUGCUGCUCAGUAACGUCAUCAAUCCGCAGGAGGACCAGCUCUGGAGGUCCCUGGGAGACAGCUGGAACAUCCCCAGGUCUAGAUGGCCGGAUGACAAUAUCCCGCCUUACAUCCCAGACUUCUAUGAUGGCUGGCAGCUGCCUCCCAUACCCGCCCGGCCCCGUCACCAGAACGGUCCAAUCAGCAGGAGCAACAGCCAGCACUUCCCACCUGGUGGUCCACAUGGACAAAUGAAUGAAAACCAGAACUACUCACCCAGAGAGAUGCAGUGGCAGCCUGAAGAGCCUGUGGUCAACGGAGCAUGGGCUUCCCCACCACCAACACGCCCCAGUGAGUCGAAGGUGUACAUGCGCGUCAUUUACGACUUCAUGGCCCGGAACAGCCAGGAGCUGAGCAUUAUGAAAGGGGAUGUGGUGCAGGUGUUAAAAAAAAACAAGCAGUGGUGGCUCAUUCGCAACAACCGUGAGGAGGAAGGUCACGUCCCUCAAAAUGUUCUGGAGCCCAUGGACAGAGCCGAGUCCGUGGGAGAUCCCCAAGAGACACAAAACGCACCACCUCUCAGUAUGAUGUCCACACCUGCAGAUGUGAAAGCCUGGCUGGAGUACAAAGGUUUCUCAAAAAUAACGGUGCGCAGCCUGGGCGUGCUCAACGGCAAGCUGCUGCUUGGGAUGACCAGGGACGAGAUGAGGACUGUGUGUCCAGAGGAAGGAAGCAAGGUCUUCUUCCAGCUUCAGGCCAUCAAAUCAGCCAUCGCACUCGCCAGUGAAUCAGCAUACGGCCCUUACAACAACCGCUACUGACGACCUAACGCAGGAUAUUCCUCAGCUCAUUUUUGAUUUUUCGUCUUGUUAAACAAUGUUAUAAUGAAGCCAAAUAUGGGAAACUUGGUGGCUAAUUCACCCUUUUUUCUGUCAUUAUAUUAUAAGGAUUACUUAAUUCAGCAUUAUGGAAAUUACCAACAAAUACUGUUAUCUUGAGUGUCAUAAGCGAUGUGGCUAUAGUUGCAGCUAUAAUUUUGAGUUAAUCAAUUCAUAUGUAACUUUGAGAUUGUGCAAUAUCUAUUUAAGCUCACUUGUUCUGAUAAAACACAAUCUAUGCAUGUAAAUGUUUAAUGCAACAAGAUUUUCUGCUUUUAAUUGUGCCUGUCCAUGUUUUGUGCAAUGCUUAGACUAACAGGAGAUACGUAUGAAAUAAAAGUAAAU